GGAAUGACACACAAACUUUAUCAACAGACAGACGUCUCUAGAUCCAUACAACUUUUGACGAUCCUCGUAUUUAUAGGUGCCUUAGCUAGGGCAGGCAGAAGUCAUUGCCUAAGGCCACAUCAACUGCGGCACAGUCACUGCCACUGCAACCGAUCGCUAGGCAACCACUGCAUCUGUGUGAAAAGGCAUCCAUGGAUCCAUCUUUUGAUUGAAGAAAUACUUCCGCGAUACAAACCCGGUACAAACCACCCCUCGUCCAAUGCCACCAGCCUUGGCCCGUCUCAGCGCUUCCAGUGGCCACGAGAUGCUCCCGUCAACCCCACCGUCUCGCAUCGGCAGCAGUCACGCGGGAGCUGCUGGUCCUGCCCGAUGUAGCGCGCGGUAGAUUUUCUGUAUCGCCCUGGACUGGGCUGUGACUCGUCGUUUUGCGCUGGGCAGGCAGACGAGGCAACCAGUCAGCAGCCAAAAGGCACAGAAGCAACUCAAGUCAUCUGGCAUCCGUCGCUUUAGGUGACUAACAGCAGUUACGUGGACGUGCCUCAACGGGUUGCAGCGGGCUGUGUGGCCACCGGUAAGGCAUUGAUGGAUUGGUGUUAGCAGCUUAGCAUUACCUUGGGCACAGUACUGUAACUAUAAGGUACCUGACCUUUACCUGUAGCUCUUUUGACUUGUCAUCGGCACCUUCGUCAUCUGGCCUU